GAAGUCAGGUGACUGCCGUAUAAAGGGGAAGUAGCCGGCUGCCAGUGUUAUUGUGCCGCUGUCACCUGAUUCUCUCCGGCCCUUCUCUCUCUCUCUCACACCGAGCCGCUACCAUGGCGCUGAGCGAUGCAGACGUGCAGAAGCAGAUCAAGCACAUGAUGGCUUUCAUCGAGCAGGAAGCCAAUGAGAAGGCGGAAGAAAUAGAUGCCAAGGCAGAAGAGGAGUUUAACAUUGAGAAGGGCCGACUGGUGCAGACCCAGAGACUGAAGAUCAUGGAGUAUUAUGAGAAGAAAGAGAAACAGAUCGAGCAACAAAAGAAAAUUCAGAUGUCAAACCUGAUGAACCAAGCCCGUCUGAAGGUGCUGAAAGCUCGCGAUGAUCACAUUUCGGAGUUGCUGAAUGAGGCCAGACAGAGACUCUCUCGGGUAGUGAAGGACACGGCUCGGUACCAGAUGCUGCUGGACGGACUCAUCCUGCAGGGUUUGUUCCAACUCCUGGAGCCCAGGGUGCUGAUACGCUGCCGUAAGCAAGACUUCCCUCUGAUUUCGGCUUCUGUGCAGAAGAGCAUCCCCACUUACAAGGCUGCUACCAAGCAAGGCGUGGAGGUGAUCAUUGAUCAGGAGAACCACCUACCCCCCGAAAUAGCCGGAGGAGUGGAGCUUUAUAACGGCGAUGGGAAAAUCAAAGUGUCAAACACGCUGGAGAGUCGGCUGGACUUGAUCGCUCAGCAGAUGAUGCCAGAAAUCCGAGUCGCUUUAUUUGGGGCCAACACUAACCGAAAGUUUAUGGACUGAGCGCCGGGGGUGGUUGGACGCCGGUCUCACUGCCGUACUCCUGGAGGUGGAACAUAAGCAAAGCCUGAAUCUCUUUGUUUCAUUGUAUGUAACUUUAUAUUGUAGUCAUGCUCUUCCCUUGUAAGAACUAGGCAACAAACCAAUCCCGUUUUGUCUUAUUGGUCAGUAUUGGUGGGAGGCGGGGUCAGCCAGCGGCAGGUUCAAGCUUUUCCCAAUUUGUCAUUAACCACAUCCCUCUGUUUGUAUCUAAAGCGGAACAUAACCCCCCCAGAAUGGAUUCAUGCACAAGUCCUUUUCUGAGCCCUCAUUAUUUAUUUUCUACUUUGUUUGCAUGAUGUUGGCAGUUUUACACCGCCAAUAUCAUGAAUUUGCAACAAAAGCAUCUGCUGUUGAUUCAUCUGGUCUGACAGUUGCCAGGAGGUUGUGUUACUGAUGCAGGAAGCAUCUCCUGGCACAUCUCUGCUCAGUCAGGGAGCUUAAUGUUUGAUUAAAUGGGCCAUAGAACUAAGCUGAGAUGUGCCAGGAGAUGCUUCCUGCAUCAGUAACGCAACCUUCUGCCUCCUGUGAGCAGAUUCAUGGUAUUAGCAGUGUAAAACCUCUAACAUCAUGUAAACUAAAGGGCAAAACAAUGAACCCCCCCCCCCCCCAAGAAACAGAACCUUUCUAGGAACUUCCUGCUGAAAUAGGAAGUCAGACUGAAAGCAGUGACCCUUAGCAACCAAUCAGCAGGUAGAAUUGUCUGGUCACCUGUUUAAAAGCCAACUGCUCAGAUACCUGGGCAUGUAACUAGCCAAUCAUUAGCUCCCGCUCUCUGCCAUGGCAACUUUUUAAAAGGGUGAACUUCCCCUUGAAAUCCCAGAAAUAUAUCUCUGCCGCCCAUAGUAGCCGAUCUGCCCCUUAACCCUUUAUAAACGUAUCACCGGGGCAGAUUGGGAUCUUGUGAUCAUCCCCACUUCCAAGCCUCGGUAGCCGAACUGCCCGUUGGUGGCCCGGGGGCUGAUGGGAUAUUUUUGUUUACAAUAAAUGCUCAGAUCUGGGUAAUAGACUGUAAUUAAAAUCGGUUUUAUUUGUGGGUAAGCGCUGGCUACACCGUGCGCCCCCCCCCCCCCGUGCAGAUCCCGCCUACCGCUGCCUGUUACACGCAUGGCUACUCCCGGUUUUCAAACUUCUGUAUAUGUGGCCCCCCCAGUAACACCAUCAGCCUCGUUAUUCAUUGUCCAAUGUGAUGUUUAUUUAUUACAAUAAAGUUGUGUGGACCCUGCUGCC